AUGACGACUUCGCUGCUCCUGCAUCCACGCUGGCCAGAGAGCCUUAUGUACGUCUAUGAGGACAGCGCGGUGGAGAGCGGCAGCGGCGGCGGCGGCGGAGGAGGAGGAAGAGAUGUGGUUCCCCUGCAGCCCGAGGUGAGCAGCUACCGGCGUGGGCGCAAGAAACGUGUGCCCUAUACUAAGGUGCAGCUGAAGGAGCUAGAGAAGGAAUACGCGGCUAGCAAGUUCAUCACCAAAGAGAAGCGCCGGCGCAUCUCCGCCACCACGAACCUCUCUGAGCGCCAGGUAACCAUCUGGUUCCAGAACCGGCGGGUCAAAGAGAAGAAGGUGGUCAGCAAAUCGAAAGCGCCUCAUCUCCACUCCACCUGACCACCCACCCGCUGCUCGCCCCGUCUAUUUAUGUCACCGCUUUGUACCAUAACCGAACCCACGGAAAGAUGCUGCGCGGGUGCAGAAGAGUAUUUAAUGUUAACGAGAGAGAAGAACCGCGCCGCCCGGAGGCAGAGAGGCUCCAUGGCGGCGGUGGGCCAUCCCCAACUCCCUAUCCCAUCCGCAGCCUCCACCCCCAUCCAGAUGGGACUCACCCGGCUUCAACAGCUUUGGAAAUGGGUCCCGGGUGGGCCAUGGGAGGAAGGCUGUCGACCUCUACUCCUCCUUGUGCUCACCUUGCCAGAAAGUCCAGUGGCAGUGCAGAGCCCAGUCAUUCCAACCAAAGCGGGGUUGGGGAAUCCCGAAUGGCCCCGAUUCUUGCCUCAUCCUGUCACCAGGCUAGUAGAGGACCCUCCCUAAGGGCGCAGCUUUGGCGCAGGAUCUGUCCAGCUCAUACUUUCCUUCGCUGUCCCUCUCGCACUCCUUAGGCAAGAUUUCCCAGUAAAGAUUUUCUGUGCAUAUUUUAAAAGUCGUGUUAACAUUCAUGAUAAUUAUUAGGGAUCUGGCAGCGUGAUUGGAGUAUGGAUGGUUCCCUGGAAUCAACGCAGCCCCUACGCUCCAUCCCAACCAAGAAACUGCAUUUCUUGGGGCCAGAUGGGGGCUGCCUUUGCCCCACUGCCUCCCCUAUUCUGCUCUCUCAGUCAACAUGUGGAAAUCCAAGGAGGACAAAGACUCCAGCCACGCUGCUAAAUAGGGCUUCUCUCUCCUCUCUCUUUCUCUCUCUAGGUGGUAAGGUUGGGGAUUAGGGCCAGGCACAGAGAAGCAGAACUUUUUUUCUAAGGAUAAACAUCUCUUCCAAGAGGAUGGAGAAUGGGUUCCUCAACAAAGUCCCUUUCCAGUCACCUUUCCAUCAAGGCACUAGCUCCGGAGGGACUCCUCACACUUUCACUUUUACUGAUUUCCAGAGGAAAGCUUAGAGGAUCUAGUUCAGGAGGCAAGAAGAUCUGGCCCUCAAUUAGCUAAAUGAGCUAAAUGUAGAUGCUGCCUAACAGUUCCCUCCUCAAAGACCACCUUGGUGCUGUGGGGAUCCCUUGCCUCUUCCCUUCCCACUGGUGCAUUACAAAACAGUGUUCUUUUGAAAUGUUCAUCAGAAAUAGGCUUUUUUUUUUUAAUGUUGUGUAUCUGUAUAUAGUAUUGUGAUGUCUGAAUGACGAUGUACUGAAUGCAAAAAGGAAAAAAAAAACCCACAAACAUGUUUUUAAAAUAAAAUAUCUUUUUUUGCCUUGA